UCUAGGUGGCCGUCAGUCUCCUAACACCUAUGUGAUCAUCAUGAACAGCUCAGACAUUGAGAUCGAUGUACAUAGACUGAGUGAUGGUGGGCUGCUUUUCUCCUACAGUGGCAGCAGCUACACCACCUACAUGAAGGAGGAAGUGGACAGAUACCGGAUCACGGUGGACAAUAAGACGUGUGUGUUUGAGAAGGAGCGAGACCCCACAGUGCUGCGUUCACCCUCUGCUGGUAAACUGCUGCAGUACAUCGUGGAGGAUGAAGGACACGUAGCAGCAGGGUUUCCAUACGCCGAGAUCGAGGUGAUGAAGAUGGUGAUGACGCUGAGUGUGCCGGAGUCCGGAUGUGUUCACUUUGUGAAGAGACCCGGUGCGGUGUUGGACCCCGGCUGUGUGGUGGCUCACAUCCAGCUGGACGACCCGAGCAACGUUCACCCUGUGCAGCUGAACACACAGCCGUUACCUGUACAGGAGCCACUGCCCAUCGUGGGGGAGAAACUGCACCAGGUCUUCCACAGCAUGCUGGAGAACCUGAUGAAGGUCAUGGAUGGAUACUGUCUCUCUGAGCCUUACUUCAGCAACAGACUGAAUAAGUGGGUGGACUCUCUGAUGUGGACUCUGCGUGACCCCUCGCUCCCUCUGCUGGAGCUGCAGGACAUCAUGACCAGCGUCUCGGGUCGCAUCCCGGUUACAGUGGAGAAGGUCAUCCGCAAGGUCAUGGCCCAAUACGCCAGCAACAUCACCUCUGUUCUCUGCCAGUUCCCCAGCCAGAGGAUCGCGAAUAUCCUGGACAGUCACGCAGCCACGCUGCAGAGGAAAGCAGACCGCGAGGUUUUCUUCAUGAACACUCAGAGCAUCGUGCAGCUCGUGCAGAGGUAUCGCAGUGGUAUUAGAGGAUAUAUGAAGGCUGUAGUGUUGGACCUGCUGCGACGUUAUCUACAGGUGGAGAUACAGUUCCAGCAGGGCACGUAUGAUAAGUGUGUAAUAAACCUGCGAGAGCAGUACAAGCCUGAUAUGACCCCUGUGCUCGAACACAUCUUCUCCCACGCUCAGGUCUCCAAGAAGAACCUCCUCGUCUCCAUGCUCAUAGAUCAGCUGUGUGGGCGUGACCCGGUGCUCACAGACGAUGUGGUGGUGGUGCUGAAUGAGUUUACACAGCUCAGUAAGAUGGAGAACUCGAAGGUGGCGCUGUGUGCCAGACAGGCACUAAUUGCAUCCCAUUUGCCCUCGUAUGAAGUGAGACACAACCAGGUGGAGUCCAUCUUCCUGUCUGCUAUCGACCUGUACGGUCACCAGUUCUGCCCCGAGAACCUCAAGAAACUCAUCCUGUCUGAGACGUCCAUCUUUGAUGUUCUGCCCAGCUUCUUCUACCACAAUAACCGUAUAGUGUGUAUGGCUGCUUUAGAGGUGUAUGUAAGGAGAGGUUAUAUAGCCUACGAGCUGAACAGUCUGCAGCACCACCAGAUGAAGGACGGCACGUGUGCAGUGCACUUCCAGUUCAUGCUCCCUUCUUCUCAUCCCAACAGAGGGAGCAGUCCCACGCUGAACAGGUUGCCAGUGAGCGGGUCGGGGCAGUUCGAGUCGAUGCAGCGUCAGGGCAGUGAGCUCUUCCUGGAGGGGGCGCUGUCUCCUCCAUGUCAGAGGAUGGGAGUUAUGGUGGCCUUCCAGUGCUUUGAAGACUUCAAAAGGUAUUUCGAUGAGGUCAUUUCCUGUUUCGCCGACCCGCUGUGUGAGAGCUCACUGUUCUCUGAGACUGUGUAUGAUGAAGAGAGCAUUAAGAAUAUGAGGGAGAAUCCCAUCCACAUCAUCAACAUCUCCAUUAAAUCAGCCGACACUGAGGAUGACGACGCUUUAGUCACAGCCUUCAGUGAAUUCGCUCAGUCCAAAAAAUUAGUGCUGUACGAAUACGGGAUCAGGAGAAUCACCUUCCUGGUGGCACAGAAAAGGGAAUUCCCUAAAUUCUUCACAUUCCGAGCCAGAGACGAGUUCCAGGAGGAUCGGAUCUACCGGAACCUGGAGCCUGCUCUGGCCUUCCAGCUGGAACUGAACCGCAUGAGGAACUUUGCCCUGACCGCUGUACCCUGUGCCAACCACAAGAUGCACCUGUACCUGGGGGCUGCCCGUGUGGAGGAGGGCACUGAGGUCACAGACUACCGGUUCUUCAUCAGAGCCAUCGUCCGUCACUCCGACCUCAUCACCAAGGAGGCAUCGUUUGAGUACCUUCAGAAUGAAGGAGAACGUUUGCUCCUGGAGGCGAUGGAUGAGCUGGAGGUGGCCUUCAGCAACACACACACACGCACCGACUGCAACCACAUCUUCCUCAACUUCGUUCCCACCGUCAUCAUGGAUCCCAUUAAGAUCGAGGAGUCUGUUCGCUCCAUGGUGAUGCGUUACGGGCGGCGUCUGUGGAAGCUCCGCGUGCUGCAGGCCGAGCUGAAGAUCAACAUCCGGGUCACACCUAACAGUAACACCAUCCCCAUCCGCCUGUUCCUCACCAAUGAGAACGGCUACUACCUGGACAUCAGCCUGUACCAGGAGGUCACAGACACGGCGUCUAGCCAGAUCAUGUUGAAGUCGUACACAGAGAAACACGGCCCCCUGCACGGCAUGCUGAUCAACACUCCUUACGUCACCAAAGACCUGCUGCAGGCCAAGCGCUUCCAGGCCCAGAGUCUCGGCACCACGUACGUCUACGACUUCCCUGAGAUGUUCCACCAGGCUCUGUUGAAGCUCUGGGCUCCAGGGGUUACGCUCCCUACAGAUGUUCUGCUGUGUACUGAGCUAGUACUGGAUCCUCAGGGUCAACUGGUGCAGAUGAACCGACAGCCUGGAGAUAACGAGGUGGGCAUGGUGGCAUUUCGCAUGACGAUGAAGACCCCAGAGUACCCCGAGGGUCGCGACGUCGUCGUCAUCUGUAACGACAUCACGUACCAGAUCGGCUCGUUCGGGCCACAGGAGGACCUGCUGUUCUUACGGGCGUCCGAGUUAGCACGUGCCGAGGGGAUCCCGCGUAUUUACGUCGCCGCUAACAGCGGAGCUCGCAUCGGCCUCGCCGAGGAGAUCAAACACAUGUUCCAGGUGGCCUGGCUCGACCCCAGCGACCCCUACAAGGUCAAACAGUUCACUCGUUCAGCAGGUUUAUUAUGUGCUUUGAUUUGUACAGUUCACUCACUGUGUGUGUGUGUGUGUGUGUGUGUGUGUGUGUGUGUGUUGCAGGGCUUUAAGUAUUUAUAUUUAACACCUCAGGACUACACUCGCAUCAGCUCCACUAACUCCAUCCACUGUCGUCACGUGGAGGAGGGAGGAGAGUCCAGGUACAUCAUCACGGACAUCAUCGGGAAGGAGGACGGGCUCGGUGUGGAGAACCUCAGAGGUUCAGGGAUGAUCGCGGGCGAGUCGUCACAGGCGUAUGAGGAGAUCAUCACUAUCAGUAUGGUGACGUGCCGGGCGAUCGGGAUCGGAGCGUACCUGGUUCGACUGGGACAGAGGGUGAUCCAGGUUGAAAACUCGCACAUCAUCCUGACCGGAGCAGGAGCAUUAAACAAGGUCCUCGGCCGUGAAGUUUACACCUCCAACAACCAGCUGGGCGGUGUGCAGAUCAUGCAGAACAACGGAGUCACACACACCACCGUGCCGGACGACUUCGAGGGGCUUUACACCAUCCUGCAGUGGCUCUCCUACAUGCCUAAAAAUAAGCACAGUCCUGCCCCUCUGAUGCCCCCUACUGACCCGGUGGACAGAGAGAUUGAGUUUAUUCCUACCAAGGCUCCUUAUGACCCUCGCUGGAUGCUCUCUGGACGUCCCCAUCCCAGUGUAAGGGGGGCAUGGCAGAGCGGGUUUUUCGACCAUGGCACCUUCAUGGAGGUGAUGUCCACCUGGGCUCAGACUGUGGUGGUGGGCAGGGCCAGGCUGGGAGGGAUUCCCCUGGGGGUCAUCGCCGUGGAAACACGCACCGUCGAGGUCACCGUCCCAGCAGAUCCAGCCAAUCUGGACUCGGAGGCAAGGAUGGUGCAGCAGGCGGGGCAGGUGUGGUUCCCCGACUCGGCUUACAAAACCGCUCAGGCCAUGAGGGACUUUAACAGAGAGAAACUUCCGCUCAUGGUGUUCGCCAACUGGAGAGGUUUCUCCGGCGGCAUGAAGGACAUGUACGACCAGGUGCUGAAGUUUGGUGCCUACAUUGUGGAUGCCCUGAGGGAGUUUCAUCAGCCCGUGCUGGUCUACAUCCCCCCACAUGCUGAGCUGAGAGGAGGAUCAUGGGUAGUGAUCGACCCCACCAUCAACCCACAGUACAUGGAGCUCUAUGCUGACAGGGAGAGCAGAGGAGGUGUGUUGGAGCCAGAGGGAACCGUGGAGAUUAAGUUCAGAAGGAAGGAUCUGCUGAAGACCAUGAGGAGGGUUGACCCUGAGUUCUCCCAGCUGACUCAGCAGCUCAGUUCUGCAGAUCUUUCGGAGAAGGAGCGCAGUGAUGUGGAGGCUCAGCUCAGAGCCAGAGAGGAGUUUCUGAUGCCCAUCUACCACCAGGUGGCCGUACAGUUUGUCGAUCUCCACGACACCCCCGGGAGGAUGCAGGAGAAAGGAGUCAUCACGGAUAUCUUGGACUGGACGAACGCUCGCUCUUUUUUUUACUGGCGUCUGCGGCGGCUCCUGCUGGAGGAGAAGGUGAAGAGCGAAAUCGUGCAGGCCAACAGAGACCUGAGCAACGGCCAUAUCAAGUCCAUGCUGCGCCGCUGGUUCAUCGAGACUGAAGGAACCGUCAAAGCUUAUCUGUGGGACAAUAAUAAAGAGGUGGUGCAGUGGCUGGAGAAACAUCUGUCCCAGCAGGAGGGGCUGCGUUCAGCCAUCAGAGAGAACAUCAAAUAUCUAAAGAGGGACUACGCCAUUAAACACAUCCGCAGUCUCAUGGAGGCGAAUCCAGAAGUGGCGAUGGACUGCAUCAUGCACAUGGCUCAGAACAUCACUCCAUCUCAGAGAGCUGAAGUAUCCCACCUGCUGGCCACCAUGGACAACACGACCAGCAGCAGCUCACACUAACACACGCUAACACACCGCUCAGCUCGGUGCCAGGGUCAGCGGGCAUUCAGUAGCCCGGGUGCCAGCGCAUACGUAGGUAAAGGGCAGGUAAGAAGAACAGAACAAGGAGAUUGUGGUGUCUGAGGGAUCUGAGGAUCAGACUGCACACUUUGGGCAUUUCACCUGGAGAACAUUGUGACAGGUUGUUUUAUUAAAUAUUCCUUUAAGGUGUUUGAACGUGAUGUAUUCUACACCGGUGUGGCCUUCAAAUGAUCUACCACUAACCCCAAACACCUCCACUUCCUUCCAGACGCUCUUCCUGUCUUCCACACGUUUCUGUCUCGUCUUGCACACUGUAUUGAUCCUCGUGGAUUAUUCAGUAUUUAUAUAUAGAUAAAUCUCUGCAGAGCUUCAUCCUCAUCAAUCCUCAUAAACGCACAAAACUUCAGGAGAAAAGCUCAACUCUGCAGUGUGAACGAGUGUUACACGAUCAUGCUAUUAUUAGUAUAGCAGGUUGUGUGUUGUGUAUUUUACGCACAAUCGUAAUCCAUGUUUAUUCAGGGAAACCGUGCCAAAGAAACAAAGUGCUUUAUAUCUAGUGUUUAAUGUAGCAGUGUUGUGAGAAGCACUAAACCUGUGAGAGUCGUGUAGAGCUUUUCAUGUGUUUUAGAAAAGACUCCUGCCAGCGUCUGCCUUUCAGCUCAUUUCAGUGGUGAAACAUUUCAGGGAGACUCGAGUGUGAUGUAUGUUUUUACCUGAGAUCAGUAGUGAGAGCUGCAGCUACACGUGUGUGUGUGUGUGUGUGUGUGUGUGUGUCACUACGGCUCUGGAUGGAGAGAAAACAUACAGUAAGUAUCGAGUUUAGAAAAUGUUUUUACUAAAGUGCCUGAUUUUUUAUUGUCCAUCGGUAAAAAAAAAAGACUUAUUGAUGUUCACCUGAAAUAAAUGUUCAGACACA